UUAAUGAGCUGUUUUGAAACAAUUGUAUUUUGAAAUCACAAUUUGUUGAAUGGAGCCCACCUUUGUGCAGUCAGUGUUUCACAUGAUUUCAGUUUAAACACCUGUCUCUGGGAUGUCCCACAGUUGGUUUUACAGUUCAUAACAAAUCAACAUCAUGAAGAUGAAGGAACAUUCAAAGCAAAUCCGGAAUACUGUCAUUCAAAAUACACAAUCAGGGGUAGGAUUUUAAGAACCUUUCCAAGGCUUUGAAUGGCCCUAAUGGCACAGUAAAGUCAGUUUUUAAGAAAUGGAGAGAACUGUGAAUUUGUGUAGAACUGACCCUAGUCAGUUGGCCUCCAAGAGUUUUAUGGACCUACAGUCGUCCAUGGCUGAGUUGAGGGACACAGUACAAAUUCCAUCAAUAGCCCGUUGCUUUACAAAAGUGUCCUUUUUGGGAGAGUGGCAAAAAACAACAACACAUCAGAUAUCAGCUAGAGUUUGCCAGAAGAGAUGUGGGAAAGUGAAAGAAGAUUCAAGCUUAACAUCGCAUAUCUUCCAGAGAACAUCAGCAUGGUCGUGGCUGCAUUAUGCUAUGGGGAUAUUUCUCUGCAGAGGGGUUGUGAAAACACCUGGCACUUGGGAGAAUAUUUAUCUUCUAGCAGGACAAUGAAAUAUAUCAAAUAUAAAGCCAAAGCCACACUGGACCAAAAUGUUCUGGAGUGGCCCAGUCAAAGCCUGCACCUCAAUCUAAUAUAUGGAAAGAGCUGAAAAUGUAGGGGGAACUUUGUUCACCAAAGUUCCCCAUACAAUUUGAUGGAAAUUCUGAGAAUAAAUAAUAACAAUAAAACUAUAGGACCCUAAAGCAAAAAAAAAUAUAUUGUAUAAACAGAUAGGAAGCCAGUUGGAUUUUACUCCAUUUUAAUGCCAUCAUGCAUCUAUUAUUAAAUGUUUUGCCUAUAAUAAGCUGAUACCGAUUGCUGGCCAAUAUAUGGGUCCAUUCCUACUUAUUAUGUUCUCCAGUGCAGUUGUAUUAUUCUUUCAGGACUCACAUGGAUUUCAACUCCAUUAUUCAGAUCUCCCAUGUGACUUAUAAUCCUCACUUGUUUUACCCCCUACCCAUGUAACACCCAAACAGCAACCUUCCUGGUAUUUGGUAAUAAGGGGAUGAAAGUAUGCUCUAAUACCUCAUUCACUGUAUUUGCAGAAGAUUUCAGACUUCUCAUUUGCCCACUUUCAUUAUUUUACUGUGGACAAUCUGGAAAGUUUCUCGCUGGUGUAGAGAAUAUUUCUUCUUUCAUUGUUUUUCACUUUGGAAACUGUAACACUAGAAUGGAGUCUGGAUUCAACACCACAGAGGCAGUCCUUCCCUACGGAGGAAAGAGUGCCUUUUCACAGUUGGAGCACAACAUAGUGGCGGCGUACCUUAUUACUGCAGGUGUCAUCAGUUUGGCAAGUAACAUUGUGGUACUGGCAAUGUUCAUCAAGUUCAAGGAGCUGCGAAAUGCCACCAAUGCCAUAAUCAUCAACCUGGCCUUCACCGACAUUGGAGUGGCCGGCAUCGGCUACCCCAUGUCUGCUGCCUCUGACCUCCAUGGGAGCUGGAAAUUUGGCCACACUGGUUGCCAGAUCUAUGCAGCUCUGAAUAUCUUCUUUGGGAUGGCUAGUAUUGGACUGCUGACUGUUGUGGCCAUUGACCGCUACCUAACCAUCUGUAGACCUGACAUUGGGCAGAAGAUGUCAACCCGCUCAUACACACUCUUAAUUCUGGCUGCGUGGCUAAAUGCAGUGUUCUGGUCCUCCAUGCCUGUGGUGGGUUGGGCUGGCUAUGCCCCAGACCCCACUGGUGCUACAUGCACCAUCAACUGGAGAAAAAAUGAUGUGGGCUUUGUCUCCUACACCAUGGCCGUUAUCGCUGUGAACUUCAUCAUCCCACUGUCGGUAAUGUUCUACUGCUACUACAGUGUGUCUGUUACCAUGAAGAGAUACAAAGCCAGCAACCACUUGGACAGCAUUAACAUGGAUUGGUCAGACCAGUUGGAUGUAACUAAGAUGUCUAUUGUGAUGAUUGUCAUGUUCCUGGUGGCAUGGUCACCGUACUCUAUUGUGUGCCUAUGGGCCUCCUUUGGGGACCCCAAAAAGAUUCCUGCCCCCAUGGCAAUCAUUGCUCCACUCUUUGCUAAGUCUUCCACAUUUUACAACCCCUGCAUCUACGUGAUUGCCAACAAAAAGUUCAGAAGAGCAAUCACAGGAAUGCUCCGCUGUCAAACCCGACAACAGAUCACCAUCAACAAUCAGGUUCCCAUGACGAUUUCCCAGCUCCCUUUGACCCAAUGAGAGAGGAUUGCUAUACGUUGAUUUUACUUCAUUCCCGACUGAUUACACCUUUUGUUGAAUGUACAGCUGCUAAAGGAUGGGAUGUGAAAGCAAGUUUAAAAGAUUCAACCAUAUAAAGUUUUCUAGACCCUGGCAGUAGUCAGG